AUAUAUGUUCUGCAGGUUUUGAUUUUCAUAUUUCUGUACAAAUAUUCCCUCAAAAUCUUUUUUUUGCAUGUGGCACCACCAUUUGUAAGGAAGGAAAGGGUCCCACUCUGCACACCACGACUCAUCAACACCUAGAUUUUGAAUGUGCACCCAUUAUCCGCCGUACACCUGUCCUCAAUCCAACCAUGUAAUCACACACCUUUUCCCCCAGCCCAGAGUUGCCGUUUCUCCGUUAAGAUUCUUCCCCUCUCUUCUUCUAUUUAAGCCCCCCAAAAUCUGGAGUUUUGCGAAUCCAAACAGACGCAGAAAAAAUCGAGAUCCAGAACCAGAAGGGAAGUUGAAAGUGUAGAUCGAAUCAACAAUGGAGAUUUUCCGAGUUCAGUUCUUAGUAAUGGCGCUUGCAUUGGCUCUGGGUCUGGCUCUGGCUCUGCUCGUUCCUUCCAUCGGCGCCGAACGUCCGUCACCGGCACCUGCUCCUACAAGCGAUGGGGUAGCAGUGGAUCAGGGAAUUGCCUAUGUUUUAAUGCUCUUGGCUCUGGUGCUCACAUAUAUCAUUCACUAGCGUCAUGCCAUGGAAAGGGAGCAUCAAACGAAGUACGUUAAAUCUGUGUUGUUUAUUUCUUGAUUCUUUUACCAAUAUUUAUUCCAUAAAUUCAUACCGUCUUCAAGAUAUUUGUUUAUCCCUGUCUAAAUUCUAAUUUAUUUUGGGUUUUUUUUUUUUUUAUAAUUGUUUCAUUUUCUUAAAAUCCAAUAUGUACAAAAAGGGCUACCACAUUUAUUCAUUACACAGAGAUCGCAGGUGCCAUUGAUAUUGGCCUUAUUAUUAUUAUUAUUUGUUUUGAACAAAAUAGUACAUGAUUCCAAGUUUUGGAGUCUACUUGGCCUUAAAUGUAAUUUUCUUUUGAGAGGUUUUUGUAAAAUUAAAAAAACAAAAACGAAAAAUCUAUGUUUAACCCAAGCUUUUUAACUAGUGAAACAAGCCCUUAAAAAGUAAAAUUCACUAUCCAAAAUUUCCAUUCUAUUUUGUUUAUCUUGAACAAAGGGAACCCCUAAUUAGAAACUGGAGCUUGACCUUUGGAUGUCGAUCGAGGUAUAAUUGUUUCCAAUCGGGGAAAAGCCCUUCCUCUCUAAGCCAGACUCUUCUUAUGUGGUAGCCAAAGCUCUUCCACCACUCAUUGAGGCCCGUACUCCUCCAUCCCAAAGGACAUGCUCAGGUCUCAUUCCAUUCCUUUUGUAAUCAAGUGAACUAGAAAGGUUCUCAUUACCGGAAGUGAAAUAAAAGUCCAGCUGCCAUUCUUCGCUAUCCUCACAUAAUUUUUUUUUUUUUUUUGGGUGCAAUUUUUCAAAUAAUUAUAGCCCUUUUUUCUCAGUCAGCAACUCCAAUAAAGCAACCAGGACUUGCUUGGGCAUCUAUGUACAAUGUUGUGGAUUCAAGGCAUAAUCUUUUUUCCUUUUUGAACAUACCUUUUGAACUCAAUGUAAUUUGCACCCUAUUCUUCAGAAUCUAUUAUUAUGAUAAAAUGAUUAAAAACCAAUUUUAGUCCCUCAACUUCAAAGUUUUACACAAUUGUCAUCUCUCAAGUAGUUUAAACGUUUUUUUAGUCCCUAAAUUUUUUUUAAAAAAAUAUAUACUUUUUUUAUUCCUCUAUAAGUUAAUAUGUUAAGUGUGUAUACAUCUAUAUAUUUUUAAUCUAUAAACUUAUAAGUUCAAA